UCCAUUUGUUUUUCUUUCGGCUGUCUCAGUUUGUUUCACCCAAACUUAAUUAAUGAUCAUUUCCUUCUUCUGAUCUUUUGGCUUCAAUCGUUUUGUUAAUUUCCAGUCUACCAUUUCCGGUGAUCAUCAUGGAUCCAGCAGAACUUCGACGUAUUUUUCAAAUGUUCGAUCGCAAUGGUGAUGGUCGGAUCACGAGGAAGGAGCUUAGCGACUCGUUACAUAAUCUCGGCAUCUUCAUCCCAGAUAAAGACAUGAUCCAAAUGAUUGAAAAGAUCGACGUGAACGGCGAUGGAUACGUGGAUAUCGAUGAGUUCGGAGCAUUGUAUGAAACGAUAAUGAAUGAGAGGGACGAGGAGGAGGACAUCAAGGAGGCAUUCAAUGUGUUCGAUCAAAACGGAGAUGGGUUCAUCACCGUGGAGGAGUUGAGGUCGGUGUUGGCUUCUUUGGGGCUCAAGCAAGGGAGGACCCUAGAAGAAUGCAAGAGAAUGAUCAAGAAGGUGGACAUGGAUGGGGAUGGGAUGGUAAACUUUAACGAGUUUAAGCAGAUGAUGAAAGGUGGUGGAUUUGCUGCCCUGAGCUCAAGUUCAUAGACCAUGCAUAUGUAGAUCAGGCUUUUUUUUUUCUUUUUCUUUUUUUUUUCCCUUUUCUUUGUUCUUAUUUUUAUUAUAGAGAGGGAGAUAGUUUUUUUUUUUUUUUUGGGGGGGGGGGGGGGGGAAGGAAGAUGAAUCUUCUAGGAUAACUCUUGCAUUACUUUUAUUGAUGAAUGCAAUAAAUAUGUAUGUUUCAUUGUAGGGGUCUUGUAUAUUACUUUUUUAUUUAUAUUAUUCUAGUAUUUAUUAAUUUCUUAGUUUGUCAUGAU